CUGGUGACGUCAUUUUAUUCCGAGAGCUAAUUUGCAUAUGGUAAUAACCUGAGGAAGCGGGUAUUUAAACAAAUGUCGGACACCAAAACAUUAAAGUUGUGAAAAGAAAGAGAAGCAAAGGUUGUGACAUUUAUACGGAUUAAAACCAUCAGACCGCUUGAUUCACAUGCCAAGCCAUGGCGUUUAUACUUAAUGCCCUGCGAUCCAAAUGGUACCAUCGAUACAGCGUAGAGGACCUCUCCCCUCCAGAACCUGUCCAGAUCGUAUCUUGUAUUUCCCUUACUGAUCUAUCGGACAAGAAAAUCCGUCCGUUAUCUGUCUUAUCUGAGCCGGGAUCGUCCGUCUUCACACAGAAAAAAAGGGGAUCAAAACGUCCCCUUUCCUCAGCCUCCCAGCUCUCGUGGAACUUCGAGUCCGAAUUGAAGGCGGGAAACAGCUCGCUCAGCUUUUCUGAUGGCGGGUAUUCGUCCUUGAACGAGAGUUUGGAAUCUCUAUCGCGUACAGACAGUAUCCAGAACAGGUCCUUGCGCAUCUGGAGAAAGCGUCGCCCGUGGUUGGCAAAGAAGCAUCGGCUUAGUGGAUUGGACGGCGACAACUCUAUUGGUUCAUCAGAAAGUAUUCUUGAGCGUGUCGAAGAGAAAUGUAACGAAAACGUCAACGAAGAAUCUUGUUCUCCCAAAAUCCGACCACGGUCAGUUCAUUUUGAUGAGUCACUGUCUGAUUCUAGUGACGACGAUGACAAAGAAAACACAAACUCAGAUGAGUUGAGGGGGUCAACCAUUAGUUUAGCUCGACAGAGCAGCAUCCACUUGAAAUCUUGGCAAUUACGGCGACAGAGGCGCGCCCUAAAGAACAUGAGCAAAAGGACAAACAGGCGCUCGUGUCCAGAGCUCCGCGUACACACGCAGGAACGGCAGCCAUGAUGUUCUGAAAUUCAGACGGUUACUUACUCAAGUUUUACUUAUAAAGAACACUGCCAAGUCUAUGUCAUACAUAUACGACAUAUAUUGACCAUCGAUGUACUAAAUCAGUCACAUCGACUUGAACUGUUGUACAGUGAUGAAAAUAAAGGGCUGUGUGUGUUCCAUAUGUGGGCAUCGGGGUUUGGGUGGGUGGGGUUGUUCUAGAGCCUAAUAAACCCCUAGCUGAAGAUCCGCCACUAACUGAUAAACAGCAGCAAUGAACAUUCUAUGAAUAUUUUUAUUUUUAUUGUCAUUAAAAUUAUGUAUUGCAUUUAUAAAUGUAUGAAGAUAUAUACGACCGUCAAGUUAUCAAACAUAGUGUAUUGUAAUUAUAAAUAGAGAAUAAUACAUGCCUUUUUCCAUAUCACACCCAGUAUCAACCCGAGACUGCA